GAUGUCAAAUUACAAAGUUCACAGAGUAAGAUUUGUUGAUUAUAAACCUAGAUCAAUCAAUUGUGCAGCUUUUGAUAAUGACAGCAAAUUUCCUAAAGUAGCAUUUUCAAGAGAAGAUGGGUCAAUUGAAAUCAGAGACCCUGCUUGUAAUUGGACACUGAUUAAUACUAUACCGGGUCAAGAGGGUCGCACUGUUGAACAUUUAGCGUGGUGUGAUGGUAGGCUAUUUUCUGGUGGAAUGAAUAGUGAAAUUAUUGAAUGGAAUCUUGAAUUAUUAAAACCACUUUAUCAACAAGAUUCAUAUGGCGGAUCUGUAUGGAGUUUAAAGUUUAGUUAUUCAAAGAAAAUUGUUGCUGUAGGGUGUGAAGAUGGAAGCAUUCGUUUAUUUGAUGUUUUACGAAAUGGUAUAAUGUAUAAUAGAUGCUUAAACAAACAAGAGCAUCGCAUUUUAUCGCUAUCAUGGAGUCAUGAUGAUUUAUUGAUUGCUGCUGGUGGUUUUGACAGCAAAAUUAGAGUGUACAAUGUUAAAAGUGGGCGUGUAUCUGUGACAAUGACAACUGACAAUCUUAAAUCAAAUAGAACAAUGGUGUGGUCUGUUAAUUUUUUAAAAGAUUCUACUAUUAUAACAGGUGACUCAUUGGGAAACACACAGUUUUGGGAUGGAAUGACUGGGACAUUGCUACAAUCUUUUAAAUCACAUCUUGCUGAUGUAUUAGCUGUUGCAAUAUAUAAUGAUGAGAAGAUGGUUUUUACAACUGGAAUUGAUAGCAAGAUUGUUCAAUUUGUUUUAUUACAAAAUGAACAUAAGUCAUCCUGGAUUCAAACGAAACAUGUUCGUGCAACUCAACAUGAUACAAGGAGUCUUGCCAUUUGUGCAGAGCCUUAUAAUUGUCUUGUUUCUGGAGGAAUUGAUCCAAGAUUUGUUGUUCAUUCUCUUAAUAAUUUUUCAUUAGAAAAAUGUGUUUUUUAUCCAUGUUUACCUCAAUCUAGUGUGUGUCAGUUAGCACCUAAUGGAAAUCUUUUGUUAUUUCGUGAACAACAAAAGUUGAAUAUUUGGAAAAUGAAUCAUAUCAACAAUAAUGAUCGUGUUAUGCCAAAGAAGUUGUUUGAGAUAAGAGCAAAUGGUCAUGACCAUUUAAUUUGUUCAGCUAUAUCACACAAUGGAUCUUAUGUUGCUUAUUCGAGUUUAGAAAAGUCACAACUAUUUAUGUUAAGUGUUGAAUCAUCAGAAGGGCCUUCUGUUCAGAAAAUUAAACUAAGAUUAUGUCCUGCAAUAGUUAUGUGUUUCUCUAAUAGCGAAAAAUUACUCAUAACUGUCAAUAAGUCAAUCAAUAUUACCCAUAUUAAUUCAUUUAAAACUGAGUUAAUAGAACUAGAUAAAGGUAUAGAUCUUCCCUUCAGGCACAUUGUUAUUAGCAAAAAUGAUGAGUAUGUUUGCAUUGUUGAUUCAAAAUCUAAGUGUCUAAUAUUUUCUUUGCAAGAGAGAAAAUAUAUUACAUCUUUACCUACUCUUUCUGGUCAUGUUAGUUGUUUGAAUUUUCACCCUAAAACAAAUAAUUUGUUUGUAUGUACCAGUGACAUGUUCUUGUAUGAAUUUAAUAUUCAAGAAGAUAUGUUUAUGCCAUGGUUAUUUGACUUCAAUAAAACUAAGUUACUUACUGCAAGGAAAAAAAAUGAAGAAAUACAAACUAUAACUUUUCCUCCUAAAAAUUACAACCAGAUUAUUCUUCAAUUAAGGAACUACAUUGUAAAAAUUAACUAUGGUACAAAAAUACUUUUUCCAGAUGAUGAGGCAGCAUCACAACCAAAAAAAAGUAGACAGAAAGGUGUAUAUAAAACUAUACGUGGUUUUAAAGAUAUAAUGUUUUUUGAAUUCAAUUCACUCAAUGAGUUGGUUAUUGUUGAACGGCCAUUCAAAACCAUUUUAAAGUCUUUACCUGAUCCACUGAACAUUAAGAAGUUUGGCACUUAAAAGUUCAUAAAAUUGUAUAAUAUUAAAAUUAAAAAUAAUGUCUUACAAGUUGUUA